AUGGACCAAGCGCAACUUCUGAACCUGAUCAACCAGUUGCUCUCAGCAGAUAAUGCCACCCGAAAGGCUGCCGAGGCAGAAUAUGAGCUACUUAUUCAGCAAAACGGUGUGUGGGUAAUGUGUGGUUUGUCUGAGAUAUGCGCAAACACAGAGGCCGCAACAGUCAUGCAGAUGGGCCUUGUCUUGCUGAAGAAACUCUUUGGAAGCAAAUCCGAUUGCUUUGAAAAGGCGGAUGCCCAAACACAGGGAGUUGUGAAAGGUUUGCUGUUGCAGAUGCUUGGAAAGGCAUCUUUAGGUUCUCAACGUGGAUUAGCAGCUGCUUGCGUGAGCGCUUUAGUUGUUAAGAUGCACAGUAUGAAUCAAGAAUGGGCGGAACUUUGGCAGGCCGUUUUUCAGAUCCUUGAUAAUGCAGAUUCUACAUCUCAGCUCAAGGCUAUUUGCUGUGAAAUCAUCGCUACCACUGGUCCAUCCAUGGCAACUUAUUUCGGUAACAAUAUUGCCAGGAUUGCAUCUGGCAUUGGAAAUUGCCUUAUGGAUGCAUCCGUAGAAGUUAGGAAAAGCGCCUUUGACGCUAUUUUCAAUGUUGCUAUUUGUAAGCCAGUACCUGAGCUUGCACAACUGGUUCCCCUAAUGUUGCAAGUUAUACAAGAUUCACUUAAUGCAUCUAACUGGGAUGAUGCAGAACAGCUUACCGCUAAGUUGGCAGAUGGUGUUUCUCAUUCUGCUGUACUCUUUGCAGGUCACACAGGGGCGCUUUUACAAGGUUUGUUGGGAGUAGCAUCUACACCAUCCGUGGCACCAGGUGCCCGUCACAUGGCAAUUGAAACUAUGGUAUCCUAUUGUGAAAGCGAACCUAAAACAGUGCGUAAGGUACCAAACUUCUCCACAGCAUUUCUGCAACUUCUCUUUGAGUAUACACUUAAUCCAACAUUGCCAGAUGAUUGGGAUAACAAGGGUGUUAACGUGGAGGAAGAUGAUCUUGACGAUGAAAAUGACGAUACUGUUGGGAGUAGUGCCAUUGAUCGAUUGGCAUCAGCUCUUGGUGGAAGGAAACUUGAAAAUUUGGCUCAACAACUUUUUGUUGAAAAUAUUCGUUCACCUGAUUGGAAACGACGUAAUGCAGCACUUCUCUUAAUUACAUACAUCUCAGAAGGUAUGGCACCUGUUCUUGAAAAACACUUUGACGAAAUUGUCAGAAUGGUUCUACCUGCUCUUCAAGAUGAGGUAAAGUAUGUACGAGCUACCGCAUUGGAAUGUAUUACUCAAAUGUCAACAGACUUUGCACCAAAGAUGCAGGAAACUAUGGCUCAAAUUAUUGUUUCAUCUGUUAUGGUAUGUAUCCGAGAUGAUGUACCAGCAGUCGCUACACGUGCAGCACGAUGCCUAGAUGCAUUCUUUGAUCAAUUUGAAGAAGAUGAAGAUGAUGAAAAUCAUAAUGCGGCAUACUUAAAGGAGAUUGAGCAAUACAUUGAAGGACUCUGUGCUGCUCUUGUAUCUCUCCUUAAACAAACAACCCAUCAAUUUGUCCGUGUAGAUUGUCUUGGGGCACUUUCUUCCAUUAUUUCAACAUGCAAACAUCUUCUUAAACCAUAUGUUAACCACCUUGUCCCUGUAUUCCAGGAAGUAUUGGCUAUGCCAGAAUCUCCAGAUACGGUCAUGAUGAAAUGUAAGGCAAUUGAGUGUACUACAUUGUUGGCUUGUGGAGUGGGACGAGAAGCCUUUGGACCUUAUGCGCAAGAUAUGUGUAAUUACCUCCGCGACCUCUUAGAGCAUCUUACACGAGGUGACAAGAAUGAUGAUAUGCGUCUGCGUUACGUUCUUCGUGGUUGGACUUGCAUGACAGAUUGUUUAAGGGAGGCAGUAGUUCCAUACAUGCAGGUCGUUUUACCUGUUCUCAUUUCCAUGAUGAACGUAGAGUGUGAUAUGGAGGUGGAAAAUGCAGAAGUUGGUGAUGAUGAUGAUGAGAAUGAAAAUGAGAAUACUGAAAAGGAUGUGGCAACAAUGCGAGUGGUGGUUCCUGGUGUGGGUGUCAGGAGGAUCAAGGUCCAUACUGGUUUAAUUGAGGAGAAGGAUCUUGCCGCCAGUGUUGUGAGUGCCAUUUUGACUUAUAUUGGCAAAUAUUUAGGACCUCAUUUACAUCAGAUUGCAGAGUCUGCCGUUCAUCUCGUAUCAUUCCAAUCGGAUUCUUCUAUUCGCGAAAGUGGAGCACUCAUUAUAGAUGGUGUACUUGAUGUCUACGAGCAAGCCGAUCGAGCCCAAUUGGCUGCAACUGUAAUGCCACCGUUGUUGAAUCAAUUUGCAGAAGAGGAUGAGUUGGACGCUUCCAGCGCGUUAUCUGUGGUAAUCAGCCGCUGCAUUGACUACGCCCCGACGUUAGUAUCACCAGAGACUGUGACGGCAAUCAGCGAAAAGGUGCUUGGUGUACUGCAACGGGCUAUGGAUAACCGUGCCGAAAGUCUUCAAGCCCAAGCUGAAGAGAAUGACGAGGAUGAGUUGGACAGACUCAAGGAGGAAGAAGAAGAGGCUGAUACACUUAUUCGCGAUACCUGUUCAUUACUGGAUAAGAUGCUCGAGCGGGCUGGUUCUAUUUUUGCCCCUGUAUUUAUCACAAUGUUCGUUCCUAUUUUGGAGAAGAUGUUACAAGAGGGGGAGAAGGAUGUUAUGGUGACACGUGGAAUUGCCUUAUUGUGUGGCUUAGUGGAAUACACACCAGAUCAUAUAUCUGGUUUUAUUCCCACCAUUGUUCAGAAUGUUCUCACCUUUGCACGCAGCCGAAAGGAUGCUGACUUGCUUCAGUCUGCCUUUUUCCUGAUGAACUUACUCCUUCAGUACUUCAGCAAAAACGCAAGUCCCUUGGCACAAGAGUUUGUCCCACAAGCAUGUGCGAUCUUCACAAACUACAUGUCAGUCCGACAUAAGGAUGAUUAUGAGUAUGCCACUUGCAAUGCUAUCAGCAUGGCAGUCUCACUUCUCUCACUGUUUCACCAAAUCUUGCCCCCACAGGAGGCAGCACAGACACUCCAUACUGUCAUUAGCGCUUUGCCUGCAAGCGGUGAUGAUGUGGAAGCGUGUCGUCUGCACGAACGACUCUUAAUGAUGGUUGUCCAAGGACACCCGCUGCUGGCCAACGCAUCAGAGCAAUCGAAGGAGAUUGUCAUGCGACUGAAGACGGCAGGAGAGGGGAUGUUGAAUGAGUCCACCCGCACGCAGCUCUCAUACAUGUAG